AUGGGCGAUAAGCAGGGUUUAACAUUGUGCUUCAUAGGAUGUGGCAAUCUAGGAACCGCAAUUCUAGGUGGCUUGCUCAGUACUUUGACUGAGGGCCCAGAAGGAACAUGUCCAUUUUCUCAAUUCAUUGUCAGCGUGCGAACCGAGGUGUCCGUCACCAGAUUGCAGAAAGAAUUCUGCCAGUAUCAAGUCAAACCACGCAUUUACCAAAACGAGAACGGACUGGCAGUUAGCGAGUCUGAUGUUAUUAUUCUAGCCACGGACCCUGCCGAUAUAGCUUCAGUACUCACCGCGCAAGAGGAGAUUGAUAAGGUUCCUGGACUGUAUCCCCCAGAGCACGUCUGGGUCACUCGCACCCUUCCCAACGUGGCGGCGCUGGUUCAUCAAGGGCUCACCGUCAUUAAGACGCCUUAUCCCAGCAUGCCAACAAGCUACCUAGCCCUCACCAAGGCAAUUUUCGACCGUGUAGGAAAGACAAUAGUUCUGCCCCCGAGUCUGUUGGAUGCGGCCACAGUGGUGGGCGGAUCGACACCCGCCUUCUUCGCCAUCAUCUGCGAAGCCCUCAUUGAUGCUUCUGUCGCCGUAGGAGUCCCGCGCGGCGUGGCUCAUGCUGGUAUUGCGCAGGCGAUGCUGGGUACAGCCCAUAUGCUACAGGCGGGCAUGCAGCCUGCUGUUAUCAAAGACCUGGGAACCUCUCCCGAGGGCUGUACAAUGAGCGGCUUGAUGGUGCUGGAAGAGGCGGCUGUGAGAGGGCACGUUGGCCGGGCUCUUCGAGAGGCUGUCACGGUUGCUCGCCUGAUGGGCAGCGAUCCCGAGUACCGAAGAGGCUCUGCAGAGCGGGCUCAAGUAGAAAGGGAGCUGGCACGCCUCCGGGCUUCACUCCCCGUCAGAAGCGACAUAUUCUACAAUGGCCAAGCACAGGCAGCUCAAGAUUCCGAGAUGCAGGUCCUGCCCGCCGAAAAUAAGACAGUCUUUACCAAUUUCCCACUGGCUUCCAAGGAGCAAGUGAACAAGGCCAUCGACUCGGCGCUCCUCGCUAAAAGGGAAUGGCAAGAGAUGCCAUUUGUGGACAGGGCCGCGGUAUUCCUCAAGGCGGCGGAGCUUGUUUCGGGAAAGUAUCGAUAUGAGCUUAUUGCAGCAACCAUGCUAGGGCAGGGCAAGAACGUUUGGCAGGCGGAAAUUGACGCUGCGGCCGAGCUGGCAGACUUCUUCCGAUUAAACUGCAAUUAUGCCGCAGAACUACUUGCGAGACAGCCCACCCGUGGCACAGACGGGGUCUGGACACGAGUCGAGCAUCGCCCCUUGGAGGGCUUUGUCUACGCCGUUUCUCCUUUCAACUUUACAGCCUUGGGUGGCGCCCUCAUUUCCGGCCCAGCUUUAAUGGGCAAUGUCGUGGUGUGGAAGCCUUCACCCUACUGCAUCUACCCUAGCACCAUAAUCUACAAGAUACUGCUGGAGGCUGGUCUGCCAACGGACGUGAUCCAAAUGGUGCCAGGUGAUGCCGAGCAAGUGACGAGCACAGUCUUGGACCACCAGGACUUUGCGGGAAUCAACUUUAUCGGUUCAUCCCAUGUCUUCCGCUCCAUCUAUGCCAAGAUUGGGCAAGGCAUCGGCAGCAAGAAAUACCGCGAGUUUCCUCGCAUUGUCGGAGAGACCAGCGGCAAGAAUUUCCAGCUGGUCCACUCAUCGGGCGAUAUUCCAAGCGCAGUCAACCACGCGAUCCGCGGCGCCUUCGAGUACCAGGGACAAAAGUGUUCAGCUACCUCGCGCGUCUAUGUCCCAGAGUCUCGGGCCCAGGAGUUCAUUGCCUGUCUCAAAGCCGGGGUCGAAAAGAUGACCAUUGGGAGCCCCGACAAGGAUUUCGAGGCCUUCAUGGGCCCCGUCAUCCACAAACACUCCUUCGACAAGAUCAAGAAUAUCAUUGAAGAGAGCAACAAGGACCCCGGUUUGGAGUUGAUUACGGGCGGGAAAUGCAAUGAUUCUCAGGGGUACUAUAUUGCCCCAACCGUGUACAGGGCCCAGUCGCCCGACCACGAGCUGUUCAACAAGGAGAUUUUCGGCCCCGUGCUUGUACUUCAUGUGUAUCCCGACGCCAAAUGGGGCGAAACCUUGCAAAGCGUGGACAGAAACGGCGGCGGGUUUGCUUUAACUGGUGCCGUUUUUGCAAAGGAUCGCAAGAUCAUCCGUCAGGUCGAGGAUACCUUGCGCUACAGUGCAGGGAAUUUCUACAUUACGGCCUUGAUUGGCCAGCAGACAUUCGGGGGAGCUCGCUCAAGCGGUACAAACGACAAGGCGGGAAGCUCGGACAUCUUGCGGCGGUUUACGAGCCCGAGAACCAUCAAGGAGGAGUUUUCUCCUCUGGGUGCGUUUACUUACCCAAGCAACGAGUCCGGCGCAUGUAGCCAGGCGGUAGCAUGA